GCUGAAAUACCGAAAACACCCCCGAGGCGGGCGCCUUUACGUAGUUGUAUAUUCAGUCCAAAGUGGUAUUUUCACAUUAGCUGCUGUUAGUAUAUAAAGUGGACUGUAUAAUUGCGACAAUGGUGUGCUCCGUCGCAAUGCCGUUGUACUCUUUGGACUUAGCUGGAUAGAGUGAAGGCCGACGGAGACUCUCUGACUCUGCUCAGUCCCUGUCAAGACGUCAAUGCAGAAGGAAAUUUUCUAGAGUUUUGGUGUGUCUCCUUUGAUGCUUAGAUGAUCAGUAUACAUUGAACUUCGGAAAUCUUCGUCGCCAAUAUUUCAGGUGAAUUUUGCCUCUCGAUAAAUAGAUAAAUAUUAUCCCAGGUGGGAUUUUGAUUUGCCUGCGGAGGGGAUUGUUAUCUAUUGAUUUACAGUCAUAGACGAUGGAGAAUUUGGCGGGAAGCCGUUUGGACUCACUGAAGCAAGAAAAAAUAUGGGCAUACGGUCAUGAGUUGUCAGCUUGGAGUGGGAUCGUGGGCGCAGCUGUUCUUGGCAUACUUGUGCCUUUGCUGCUUUUCUUAGGCAUGGGAAAGAAAAAGUUGAAACAAAGAGGAGUUCGGGUGGAAGUUGGUGGAGAGGAGGGAAUUGCAAUGCGCCAUAUCGGAUUUCCUGAAUUGGUUGAAGUUCCCUGGAAAGGGGCAACAACUGCGGCCGCUCUGUUUGAGCAAUCCUGUCAAAAGCAUUUUAAAAAACGAUUUAUAGGGUCAAGAAAACUGAUCAACCGAGAGUUUGUCGAAGCUAAAGAUGGGAAGAAGUUUGAGAAGCUACACUUGGGGGAGUAUGAAUGGAAAACUUAUGGAGAGGCAUUUGAUUGUUCUUGCAACUUUGCCUCAGGACUCGUAAAUUUAGGUCAUGAUGUCGACAAGCGUGCUGGGAUUUUUUCUGAAACUCGAGCAGAGUGGCUUAUUGCUUUUCAGGGAUGUUUCCGGCAAAAUAUUACUGUUGUCACUGUCUAUGCGUCUCUAGGCGAGGAUGCGCUAGUCCACUCACUUAAUGAGACUCAAGUGUCUACCUUGAUAUGUGAUUUCAAGCAAUUGAAAAAGUUGGCUGCAAUAAGUUCAAGACUGGAAACUGUAAAGACUGUUAUUUACUUUGAAGCUGAUGUAACUAUGAGUGAUUCAGGCUUCUCCGAAAUUAUGCGCAAUUGGACCGUUGUGUCUUUCUCCGAGGUUGAGAAAAUUGGGAAGGCAAAUCCUGUUCUUCCAAGACUGCCAUCCAAGACUGAUAUUGGUGUGGUCAUGUACACCAGUGGCAGUACAGGUCUACCAAAGGGAGUUAUGAUUACUCAUGGGAAUAUGGUUGCGACGAUCACUGGAGUUAUGAAUGUGCUUCCCAAAUUGAACAAUGAUGUUUACUUGGCAUAUUUGCCUCUGGCUCAUGUUUUGGAAUUGGCAGCUGAGUCUGUGGUUUUUGCUACAGGUAGUGCCAUUGGGUAUGGUUCUCCACUGACUUUGUUAGACUCUUCCAAUAAAGUAAAACCAGGAACCAGCGGCGAUGUGUCCAUGUUAAAGCCCACUAUUAUUACAACAGUUCCUGCUAUUUUAGACCGUGUUCGGGAUGGGGUUCUGAGAAAGGUUGAGAAGAAGGGGGGGUUAGCUAUGAAACUUUUCAACAUCGCAUACAGGCGCCGGCUGGCAGCCAUAGAAGGAAGUUGGCUAGGGGCCUGGGGACUAGAGAAAAUGUUAUGGGAUGCUCUCAUUUUCAAAGGGAUACAAUCUAUACUUGGGGGACGCAUUUGGUAUAUACUUUGUGGUGGAGCUCCUUUGUCCAGAGAUACGCAUAGAUUUAUCAAUGUCUGCAUGGGGGCCCGUAUUGCAAUAGGCUAUGGUUUGACUGAAACGUUUGCUGGAGCUGGAUUUUCGGAGUGGGAUGACUUGAGUGUGGGUCGUGUUGGUCCACCUCUUCCUUGUUGCAAUGCCAAGCUUGUUUCUUGGGAAGAGGGUGGGUAUAAAACAUCUGAUAAACCAAUGCCCAGGGGAGAAGUUGUAAUCGGGGGGUCCAGUGUGGCUGCUGGUUACCUUAACGAUGAAGAAAAAACUAAUGAGAUGUACAAGAUUGAUGAGAGGGGCAUGCGAUGGUUCUAUACCGGUGACAUUGGACGGUUUCACCCUGAUGGGGUACUAGAAGUUAUUGAUAGGAAGAAAGAUAUUGUUAAACUACAACAUGGGGAGUAUGUUUCCCUAGGCAAGGUUGAGGCAGCACUGAAGACUAGUAACUAUGUGGAUAACACUAUGGUACAUGCUGAUCCCUUCCGUAGCUAUUGUGUAGCUCUUGUUGUCCCUUCACGUGAGAGCCUUGAGAGUUGGGCUCAAGGAGCUAGCAUCAAGUAUAGAGAUUUUUCUGAGUUGUGUGACAAAGUUGAGGCAGUCAAGGAGGUGCUACAAUCCCUUUCCAAGGUAGCAAAAGAUGCCAAACUGGACAAGUUUGAACUUCCUGCGAAGAUAAAGUUGAUGCCGGAGCCGUGGACACCUGAGGCAGGAUUAGUUACAGCUGCGCUGAAACUAAAGAGGGAAGAGUUAAAAGCCAAGUUCAAAGAUGAGCUCUCAAAGUUGUAUGGCUGAAGUAUGUAUUCAUGUGCUUGUGCUUCUCUCUCUACAAAGGGAGCUCCUUUCUAUUGCUCUGAAUUCUCUUGUCAAUAUCCUACUCAUUGGCAUUAAAAUUAUUAAUAAAGGAUUUGGAUCUUGGAUUGUUAAAAAAUCGUACCUUGUAUCUGAUACAUUAGAAUGGAAUGGAUUGAGACUACAAUGCAAUAAAAAAUUAUAUGACUAUUUGUAAAA